AUGGAGAAGAAACAUGGAAUCUUCUCUGUACACCUCAAUUUCUUCAUUGUAUUCACCAUGAUGCUCCAUGGCCUUGGCCAUGGCUUUCGAAUUGAUCAAGCUAGUUCAUUGAGAGCCUUGCGCCGUGCCAAAAUGCAAGGACAAGUCGAUCAGGCCGAGGCCGAAAAGUGGGGUGUAGUUGGUCUUAGUUUGGGCAGUGAAGGAUCCUUUGAGGUGGGAAAGAUGGAGGACGAUGUGAUCAAAGCCGGGCUUCUGGGCCAACCAUUGGGGGUGAAUUUUAAGCAGUAUGCCGGGUAUGUUAAUGUGGAUGAAUCUAAAGGGAGAAACCUUUUCUAUUAUUUUGCUGAGGCUGUUCAAGACCCUUCUUCUAAGCCACUUCUUCUCUGGCUAAAUGGAGGGCCUGGUUGUUCAUCACUUGGGAUUGGGGCCAUGGUAGAGCUUGGACCUUUUGGUGUUGAGCCUGAUGGUAGAACUCUCUAUUCGAGAGAGUUUGCAUGGAACAAAGUUGCAAAUACAUUGUUCCUUGAGUCCCCAGCAGGCGUCGGAUUCUCUUACUCCAACACUACCUCCGACUACAGCACUUCAGGGGAUACAAGGACUGCCCAAGACACAUACACAUUCUUGGUAAAUUGGUUCAAAAGAUACCCGCAAUACAAGGCCAGGGAUUUCUAUAUAGCUGGAGAAAGCUAUGCAGGAUUCUACAUUCCAGAGCUCUCUGAUAUUAUUAUCAAGAAGAACAUGGAAGGAGAUUCUACCACAAAGAUUCAACUUAAGGGGAUUAUGAUAGGAAAUGGGAUAAUGAACGAUGAUACGGAUCUAAAAGGAUCGAACGAUUAUCUCUGGAGCCAUGCAUUGAUUUCGGAUGAAACUUAUCAAGGACUCGUAGAGCACUGCAAGAACUACAGCAGCCCCAAAUGCGACGAUUAUCAAGAUAGAGUUGAAAAAGAAUGUGGAAAAAUAGAUUUCUCAAAUAUUUAUGGCCCGUUAUGUUCAUCAAAUUCAUCGACGAAGACAAAAAGCCUCGGAGGCCCCUUUAUCAAUGCUUGGAAGGACAGCCCAACAACCAUGAUCCCAAUAUAUAGAAGGCUCAUCGCCUCGGGUCUAAGGAUACUUCUUUACAGUGGCGAUGUGGAUGCAGUUGUUCCAGUUUCUGGCACUCGAUAUUCCAUCGAUGCCUUAAACCUUAAAGUGAUCAAACACUGGAGUUCUUGGGUAGACGAUAGCAACGAAGUGGCUGGAUAUCAAGUGGUUUAUGAUGGAUUAGCUUUCGCAACAAUUCGGGAUGCUGGCCAUGAAGUUCCAAAAUGCCAACCAUGUAGAGCUUUGGCUCUGUUGAAGAUGUUUAUAGCAAACCUUUAUUGA